CCUUGGCAGCGUGCCGGUUCGCAUUCCGGUACAUGCACAAGGCAUUUGCGGCUACGAGGAAGGACAGAAAGGACGGAACAUCCCUUUGGCAUCGAAAGCAGCGCUUAGGCAAGGGCUCUCAAGAGAACGGGCCCGACGCUCAUAAGCAGCAUAUUGCGGUACUGCCAUAUGAGCUUCUCGUCAAGAUCGCCGGGGAUCUCCACUACGUGGAUCUGAUCAGCGCCAGCCGUUCCUCCAAGAAGCUGCGGAUCGGCCUUUUUGGCGUUGGGGGCCCCGACCGAGGUCAAUUAGAUGACCUCCGACGGUUCAGCUGCCGGGGUGACAUGAAACGCAGCUGCGAGCUCUGCGGCAUUCAAACGUGUCCAGGUUGUGAAACACAAGUAAACAUGGCGCCGUCUUUGGCGUUCCAGCAUCUUAGCGAUUGCCAGCCUCAGUGCUCCAAAUGUUUCUACAAGACGUACUGCCGCUGGUGGGGAGCGCAAGGCCAGCGCUUGGCGAGGCACACUGCGACAUGUGGGCUCAGGGAGGAGCAGCGGACCGAUAUCGAGAUGUGGGUACCGGGCACCAGGGACAUAACCGUCUGCCGAAUAUGCGCUUCGAUGACACCUGCAGAGCGCAGGCGAGCUUCCGAGGCGAGGGAGGAAAGGGAGCUCGACCGGAUUCAAAGGCAUCCACUGGCUUGCUCCAACUGCAAGGAGAUGCUCUCAGCCAGGGCUAUGAGAUGGUGGAUCUGCCAGAAGUGCUCAACGGAGUGCCCUUCGCACAUGCACCCCGCAUGGGCUGAUAGGAAUCUGCCUCGGCGGCUGUAGUGUAAAAGUCAUAGGGAAGGUGACUAACCAGCAACGAACGGACUGGCGAAACCCCG